AUUUUCUUUUGCUUUUAUUUUUUUUUGGGACCUACGUCUAGCAAACAAGGCGGAAAUUAUUGUCGGCGGCGUCUUGCAGUUUUUUCUCUUCGACAUUUUCCCUUUUCUUCUUGCAACUUCAAUAGUUUUUUUGUUUUAUUUUUUGCAAUGUCAAAUUGUUAUUGCGUCUGGGAAAUACUUUUAUCUUUUUCCUAUUUUCGCUUUUACUGUGAUUGCAUUAGGUUAUGAAUGGAAAUAAGUAAAAAGUACCCUUAAAGUCUGAAUUGGUCCGAUGAGUAAUUCCCUAUAUAGAUAAGGUUAUCUUUAUAGCCCUAUUUUAGCAUUAGCAAUCGCAUCAAAGUGAAUCCCCAAUGAGUCAGGCGAAACACACACCCCUUUCGAUAAGAUAAACCCCAUACUAUCUGAAGUGUCGGGUUAGUCGAGUGCAAAAUGCUAUAUAAAUUGCUGAUAUCUGUGGAUUGGAAAACAGUUCGCAUUCAAUAGGCAACGAGAGAAGUUCUCUAAAAGGAAUAUAUCAGUUUUCCAUAUCAGAAAACCAAGGAUUAUUAUAUAAAAAGACCACCAAAAUGCCGCCACCACACCACGAGGAUCGUCUAUUUGGAAUCCACUUUGGAUUGAAUUUGGGAGGUGGUGGUCAUCAUCACCACCACCAUCACCCACCGCCGCCGCCGCCACCGGUGCACCAUCACCAUCAUCAUGGGCCACCGCAUCACCACGGACCGCCGCCACAUCACCAUCAUCACUAUGGACCUCCACCACCGCCGCCACACUUUGAUCAUCAUCACCACCACGGAGGCCACUUUGAUCAUCAUCAUGGUCCUCCGCAUGGUCAUCAUCAUCAUCAUUGGUGAUCAAGUGAUGGAAAUACCAAAUGAUCAAUCUAAUCAGUCUUUCUAUGGAAUAUAUAACAAAGGAGGGAUUGUGAAAUUAUUUAUAAACGAAUUUAAUUUAUAACAAGU